CCAUUAAUAUAUGUGUCUGUUACGGCGGUGGCUCUGCAAGGGUUCUUCUCGGGACCUCUCUUCCCAGCAAUUGUAACUAUUGUGAACAUUAUUAUACCAGAGCAUCUAGACGUCGCCGCAAUUGGGGUUGCGUCGGCUUUUGGUGGCUGCGGCGCGGCACUUAUCCCGUUCAGUAUUGGUAUACUGGCAGAUGUCGCUAGUGUCACGGUGCUCCAACCGGUCAUUCAAGCUGUAUUGGGGGCUAUGCUUGUGUCUAUAUGUUCUUGCUGA